CGCCCCGGGGCUUUGCAACAGAAAAAUGUCUGUUUCUUGUAAUCGGGGAAAGCAAGCGGCGGGGAGGAGCUGGCGUGGUCCGUGACUUGUCUCCCUUUCUUUAGCAACUUGAGCUUUGCAGAUUUCCUCUUUGCCUGUUGUUUGCUGACCUUCAAGAAACGGAAAACACCCGGGUUUGUUUGCUUUCAUUAAACAGCUUCCUGCGCGGGGCUGUCGGGCCUGUCUGUAUGAGGACGCGACAGAAGUGACCGAAAGCUACUUCCGCCACAUGCCAGAUAAUACAGACCUUGUAUUACUAGCCCCAGGGGAGACCUGGCAAGGGUAUGUCAGUGAUGUUAGUCACUUCCUAAAUGCAUUUUACAAACGAAAAGAUGACAUUGUUGAGGCUGCCCAGAAACUGCUAUCUGAUAAACAGGCUCCCAUGACACAGAAGCUGCUACUGGAUCUCAUUCAUAACUUAAGUGAAAAUAUUGUGGCAGAAGACAGAGGGGAAGACGAAAAGUGGUUUGAUGGUAUAGAGCCUCGGUUUAGGAAUAAAUCAAGUUACAUGAGGUACAGUUGUGAAAGCCGCAUACGAAGUUACAUGAAAGAGGUUAGCAGUUAUAUUUCAGCUGUUCAUCCAACGGCGCAAGCCAUAUAUAAAAGCAUCAGUGACCUUAUGUUGGACAAACUGAGAUCUAUGAAAUAUAAUGGAUGUUACUUUGACAGAAGAGAAGAGGCAGCAGCCCGCAUUUGCACCUCGGAGGGCUGGUUCUCUUGUCAGGGGCCGUUUGAUAUGGAUGCCUGCCUGUGUAAACAUUCAAUCAACCCCUACAGUAACAGGGAGAGCAGAAUCCUCUUCAGUACGUGGAAUCUUGAUCAUGUAAUAGAGAAGAAACGUACUGUUAUUCCAACUCUGGCAGAAGCUGUCAACAAGCGAGAUGGAAGAGAAGUGAACUGGGAAUACUUCUACCAGUUGCUCUUUACUGUGGAUAAUCUCAAGUUUGUACAUAUUGCUUGCCAUAAGAAAACCAAUCAUAAUCUUGGCUGUGACAAAACUAAAAUUUACAGGAAAAGGAAGCGCACAUGCAAGGUCUUGAAGUGACACCCUUGGAAUGUCUCUGCUAUUGUUUUAAAAGCUACACAAAGGAUGUCUGCUUUCCUAAUGCACUGUAUGAAGUAGUCAGAUCUCUUCUGCUUGGUGAAAUCCCACUGCAGUCAAACUUAACAAGAACAGAAAUCAUCCCAUUUUUCAUACCAUUGGUGCUGGCAGCCAUUCAUCUGUGCAAAGCAACACCUAUAAUUUUUAGUAUAUUCACAUGCAAGUGAAAAAAGGUACCUGAUACCAAGCGUUGUGGCUUUGGAGGCUCUCCGUUUAGCCACAAGCACCACACGAAGGCAGCUAAAACUCCAAAACCCAGUAGUACUGGAUUUUCUUUACUUCUCCUGUUGCUUCUAUUUUGUACAAAAAAGGGGGUCUUCUGAAAAGAAAAAAAUUGAUCCUUCUUGCUGAUUCCUAAUCCUGAACUGUUUGGUAAGUGGUGAAUAAGGGGAAAGUUUUACUGACCUCAAUACUGGUAAACUAACUUGCGAUUUUCAGAAGGGACUAACAAAUUUAGAUUCACCAAUCCCAUUAGCGAGACAGAGAAGCUGUCCUCAAACAUCUAGGCAUUUUUUAAAAUCUCCCUUUAUACUGACCACAAGCUGCCAGAUGGUUCAAGACUAUUACACUCAGGAUUGAUCUAAAUAAGCAAGAGGCAAAAGGUUUAGGAUCUCCUUCAUCAAGUGAGCCUCAACCUCUUUACUAUUGUAAGUUCAGGUCCACAAAUCAAGCUGCAGAAAAACCAAGUUGUUUCUGCAACUAAUAACUACUAGCUAGCCAAAACAAAUCCUGCUUUAAGUCUUAAGCAAAAUGGAGCCCUGCAAAGAAGUUAGUUUGGACCUUAUGUUCUCCAGAUGGUAGGCAACCCUUCACCUCAGAUUUACAAAAGCUGAAUCAGUGGCAAAGCCAGUAACCAUCCUUUGUUCCAGCCUCUGCUCUAACUACUUCCAAACUAUUUUUACUGACUUUCGUUUGUGCACAUACAUUCUGUAGAGCCUAGCAAGGCCAUGGCAGAGCUGCUGCUCCACCAAUAGUGCUCUAUUUCCCCCCUCUCCCUCCUUACAUUCAUCUUGAAGCUUGCUUGCCUUUUAUUUCUGUGGGGGGGAACAGUCCUGCCUAGGAAGGAUAUUAAAGAAAAAGCAGGUUUAUGUUGGUUAUCUCUGAGACUUUGUUCAUUCAGCAAUGCUGUUGCUACCUCCUAGAUUUUGGAACAAGAUAUCAAUGAGCCACUUUAUAAAGGACUUGUCUGAGGUCAGGCAGAUCCUCAGGUACUAGCUAGAUGAGUAACUUCAGUGCAUCUUUGUAUUUUUUUAAGUAAUAAAGAACUAUUGCCAUCUCUCACAGUGUAUGCAUAGUACCUAUGAAGCUGGGUGUGGGUGUAUAUAAACUGCUUGCAAGAAAUCAAGUGAGCUAGAACCAUAAGUUGCUCUGUAGCAAGUUCUCACCUUCUUAUGCCUCUAUAGUCUGUCCAUUUAUUCAUAUCCCAGUUCCUUCCAAAGAACAAGCAGUAAACAUGAAUUUCUGUCAUGAAUGCCAGACAAAGAUGAACAAAGGGCUCAUGAGUGACAGGGCCAUGAAAUACAUCUCCCUAUUGAAAACUAGACAAGUGUUUCUUCUAUAUAAAAAUCAACGAACAUGAUUAAAAUAAAAGUUUGAAAGCUUAACAUAUGGUUACCUCUGACUAUGAAAUCUGUACACUUAAUUCUAGUUGAUAAUUUCUGAAGGUGUUAUAACUACAGUCUGAUAUUGGACUGGCACAGAUAUAAAGAAAACUGACUAUCAGAAAUUGGCCUGUUGCCAAUAGCCUGUGCAUGUGCGUAGUAGCCACAGUGCAGCACGUAGGAAGCAAGGAGCGCAGCCCGGCAGUAGCAGUGUGGAAAGCUGUGUCCAGCUGGUAAGUCUGUUGUGGUGGGAAGGGAGGGGGCGUAGGGGUGGAGCAGAUCAAGGCCCUGCAGUGAGAGAGGGAGUAGGGCUGGGGCAGGUGUGGGACAUAGCCACAGCUCAUCCGGGGGAGGGGUCAGCUCCUGCUGCUGUGCACAUCCUGGGGGGGGGGGCAUAAGAAUGCAGAUCUGUCCAGGGCAGGGCAGGCUGCUGCUGUGGGCUGGGGCUGCGCCAGGCUCUUCCCAUCGGGAGCUGUGCCAGGCUGUGUUCACAGUGGGUGGUGGCACUGAGAGGGGGGUUAGGGGGGCUCCAGCAAAUUUUGGGGAGGCUGCAGCCCCCCCUCUGAGCAUUGCCACCACCUACCCUGAGAGCAGCCUAGCCCAGCCCUCCUCCAGGAAGAACCCAGCACUGCCCUGGCCCCAGCUUGCAGUGGCAGCCCACCCCAU